AUGAGUGAAGCCACACAAGACUAUUUACAAUUUAAAGAAAGUAUAAUAAAAGACUUCGAAACUAUCAAAGCGGAGCAGAACAAUUUACGAUGUGAUGUGAAUAAUAAAGUGAGUCAGUCUGAUUUGAAUUAUUUAAAUUUAAUGAGUGCUUUAGAAGACUUGAAAAAAGAGGUGAAUGGUCGUCUUCGCAUCCUCGAGACUUCCCAUUCUUUGUCCAAGGAAGUGAAAAGUCCCACCUUACCAACUUCCCGUAGUUAUUCGACUCCAACAACAAAACCAAAAAUUGAUGAGUACAUUUCUAUGUCACAAGAAGUCGAAGACUUGAAAAGGAAAUUCGAGACGUUUGAAGCGACAAAAGUGACACAAGACGAUCUUCAAAAGCUCGAAGGGAGAAUGGAAGAACACUUUAUGCCUGUGAACGCAUACAACGAACUUGCAACCAUCAAAGCGGAACUUCAAAAUAAAGAGGACAAGAAGUCGAGUGUUGUGUCUCCUCGUGUUGAGACCAAAUUUGAUAUGAGCGAGGUGAAUCAAUGCAUUCAAGCAACAGAAAAAGUGAUGAAAAAGAAGUAUCGACAAAGUUUUACAUUGACCACCUUAGCAAUUGGAAAUGUCGAAACGCAGCUUAUGUCUCUUCGGAAGGUUGUCAGACAAUUUGAAGAAGUCAAUAAGAAGAGCAUUGCAUUUUCAGAACAGUUCAUGAAGAGUCUUCCACUCCUUUGGAAGAACAUAUACAGAAACAAUUUGGGUCUUUGUGAAAGACCAUCAUUCUAUCAAGAAAUGUCGGAGUGGACUGGACUCGAUGGUGUCGAUGUGCUUGCCACAUACUUUGGAGACAGAAGUGGUAUACCACAUUCAUUCAUCGACAUGUUAAAAGGGAAGAAGAAUAUAAUGUUUAUAAUAAAGACAACGGAAAAGGAAGUCUUUGGGUCGUUUAACUCGGAGACUAUUUUAGAGACUAAGAAUAAAGCUAAAGAGUCUAAAAUAGGGGUUGGGUUUGAUGAAAAGCAUUUCAUCUUCACGUUAUCACCAACUAAAACUCUCGCAAAAAGAUUCAAGACAACUGGGGGAACGGAGACAUUGGAAUUGUUUGAUUUAAAGUCCGAGAAUGUGUUCUCUGUAGGAAACGCCUUCAUUAUUAAAAAGACGGGAGACAUCGUUUACUCUUUAGGCAUCACUCAGUUCUUCGAUGGAAUCAAUGACGAGACCUUUUAUAAGCAAAAUGAAAGGAAAGUAGAGUCCAUUUCCAUCGUCUCGUGGUUCUAA